UCGUUUAUGUCAUGAGACCUCAAGAAGGACACAAUCUCAAAUUGAAUUUUCAAGGGUUUGCUUGUGAUUUGGGAACGGGUAAAGGGUAGUUUAGUCAUUAUACGUUUUGGACUCUCCGACUUCUCCUACGCCUGGAGAACAUCAAUCGUCGCCGAACAAUAAAGAAAAAGUUUUGUGCUUUGCCUUCGUCUCUGAUGAGGGGUUUUAAAUAGAGAGAUAGAGAGACGCAAUUCUCAGUUUGAGAAAAAGCUAGGGUUUUUAGUUUUCUUACACCCAAAGUUUCGAUCUUUGUUCAUCGAUCAAGAAUGGUUGCUACGAAGAGAUUUGGUGAUCAUAGCAACUCCAGCUCGGAUGACUCCCUCACGAGGAAACGUGACGAUGACGUCGAGGCGAUGCACAGGACGAGAAAGCAACUAAAGACGACGACGACAACUACUACAUUGAAACCUUCCUCUGCUUCAAAGAUGAACUGGUCUAAAAACGAUGAGCUUGUCAUUCUCGGGGGUAUUGUGGACUAUGAAAUCGAAACGAAAUCGAGUUACGGAUCCGACUGGGCUGCGUUGUACCUUUAUAUAAAAGAUAAUGUAGAAGCGAACUUUUCGAAGAAGCAGUUCAUCGAUAAGGUGAAGAGGUUGAAGAGAAAGUUUAUAGACAAUCAGGAGAGAUCUAACGAUGGGAAAGAUGUUUCUUUUACUGAUACUGAUGAUGAUGAAAUCUUCAAAUUGUCAAUGAUGAUUUGGGCCAAAAGUGAAACUGAAGAUGCUGUUUCUAGUGAGGAUAUGGACCAAGCUAAGGAUGUUCCUUCUGGGGAGCAAGAGAAUAUGCCUUGUGCGGAGCAAGAGCGGGUGAGUGUAGAAAUUGAUAAUGGUGAGAAAGGGAAAUUGGACCAAGCCAAGGACGUGCCUUGUGCUGAGCAAGAGGAUAAGGAUGUGCCUUGUGCUGAGCAAAAGGAUAAGGAUGUGCCUUGUGCUGAGCAAGAGGAUGAAGAUGUGCCUUGUGCUGAGCAAGAGGAUAAGGAUGUGCCUUGUGCUGAGCAAGAGCAGGUGAGUAACGAGAUUGAUGAUAAUGGUGAGCAAGAGAUGAUUGAAGAGGAUGGUGCGGAUGAGUUAGGUGUUAUGGAGGAUACACUCGAGUCUGUGAUAUCGUUUCAAAGUUUAGCUAAAAAUGGUGAGAAAGAUAAGAGUAAAGAAGAUGGUGUGGGUGAGGUGGGUGUUCUGCUGGAGAUACUUGAGGCAGAUACAUUUUAUAAAAACUGUAGUAAGUAUCAGCAAAAGUUGCUGCGUCAGAAUUUGGAAAACGUUGGAGCUGAAAGAAGAAAAGAGCUAAUCGACGAAUGGAAAGCAUUGCUUGUUCAGGAGAUGAAAUUGAGUAUCAAGAAAUUUAAUUUCAUGGCAAAGUUUGCAAACGCAGGAGUUUCUCCUUAAUCUGAAAGUAAGAAAAUUUCUGCUUAUGGAGUGAUUUCGAUGUUUUUAGGUUCCUUGUACUAUUGCUUUGGUUUGUGUUUAAGCCAUCAUUUGAACGGUUAUUUAGCUUAUGUUAAAAGGGUUGUGGCUCCUUUUUGUCUUAUGGUGUGUGUGUGUGUGUGUGUGUAACUUGUUAUAUCGAGUAUCCUUUUUGUUUCUUUUUGGGAAUGACUCAACAACCCUUAAACACUA